GUUCGCACAGUUGAACGGACGCACACAAAUCGCGAGUCAAAGUACACCUCCAGCCACAGCCACAGCUACAGCUACACAAUGGGUCUUCGAAAUUCCAAGCCAAAGCGUAGCUAUGAAGUAGCACCACCAAAAUCAUCCGAGAACAAGAUCCCACCCAAAGAGACAAAACCGCCCCCAUCCCCGAUACCCACCCCGGUGACACAGACAAAAUCGGACGACACACCCAGCCACAGCCCCAGCCCCAUCACCACUACACUCCCCGACGGCACUUCCCUGGUGCCAGAUUGGCUGAAUGAGACCCAAUUUGUGGAUAUACUUUCUGCGAAUGUUUCUCGGUUUUCAAAGAUUCUCAAGUUUCACGCCAAGCCCGCCAUGGCUCCAGGAGAGAAUUAUGCCACUCUCAUGCUGAGAGUCGGCAUCGAUGUGGAGCUCGAUGACAAAAGUACUAAGGCCAUAUCCUUCAUGCUGAAGGUUCCACACGAAACUCCUCAAAUGGAACAAAUGCUGGCCAUGGCAAACUUCUUCAAUACUGAGAAUAUGGCUUAUGUGGACGUAUUGCCGAAACUGGAAGCGCUCUACAAGGCCAAGGGACUGGACGUCACAUUGGCACCGCGCGCCCAUAGGCUAGACUCCAGCGUGGAGCCAAAACUGGCCAAUACCGUGCUCAUGAACGAUCUGGGUCAGGACGGUUUCAAGAAUUUGAAUCGUCGGGAGUGCCUCAACUUGGAGCAAACCAAGUUUGCCCUGCGAAAACUGGCCCAAUACCAUGCGGCCACCGCAAUGAUGAUUGAGGUGAAUGGACCUUUUCCAGAUGUGUUCAUGAAAGGUAUGCUCGGAACGAACAAGGAUGCCAUAAGAGCCUUUAUGGAAGGAAUGCUUGGCCCCUUCCAAGCCAAAUUCUUGGAACAUCUGGAACAUAUAAAGGAUGGAGAGCAGUAUCGGGACAAGCUUACCAAAACAUUUUCGCAAUUUGCCUCGGCGUUCGUUAAGCUAAGCGAGUACGAUCCCUCGCAGUUUUGUGUUUUGAAUCAUGGCGAUUGUUGGAUGAAUAAUUUGCUGUUCAAGCUCGACUCCAAGGGAGAACUUGAAGAUAUGGUGUUUGUGGACUUCCAAAAUCCCAAUUACGGACCCCCGGUCCAGGACAUCACCUACUUAAUCAUCACCUCAGUGCACAUAGACUACAAGACGAAGUACUUUGACUUCUUUAUACGGCACUACCACGAACAGCUUACCAAACAUCUGGAUCUGCUGGGCUUUACAGGUCGACAGCCUUCGCUCCGGGAGCUCCACAUGCAGUUCUAUAAGUACGGAGACUGGGCGUUGUUCCCCGCGAUUACAGUGCUGCCCGUCGUGCUCCUGGGGCCCACUGAGGGUGCCACUUUCGAGAAUUUCAUGGGUGACAACGAAUCAGCCGGCAACUUCAAAGACAAACUGUACACCAACCCACAGUACCGCAGCUACAUCGAGCAGUUGCUGCCUUGGCUGGACAAUCGAGGACUGCUGGACGUAGAGCAGCCGAUUAAGGAUGAAGCUCCUGCUCCAUUGCCUGCGCAGCCCGAAUCCUCCAACAAGAUCUUGGACUGGCUAGAUGUAAACGACUUCGGUGAUAUAAUUGCCGCCACGGAUCCAGAGUUCGAGAGCAUUGUGAGCGGUUCUUCGGAAUUGGCAACCAAACCAGGCGACAACUAUGCCUCCAAGCUGCUCAAAGUGGACAUCAACGCACAGCUAAAAGGUAAAAGCACCAAGACCUUUUCGUAUAUCCUGAAAGUGCAAGUGGCAUCUAACGAUAUGAUUGACUUUGCCGACUUUAACCUGUUUCCCAAGGAAACUUUGGUAUACGGUAAAUAUGUGCCCGCCUUCGAGGAACUCUAUAAGGAUGCAGGCCUAGCAGUCACAUUUAGUCCGAAGUCCUAUAGGCUGAGCAAACCGGUCACGGAAGAGUAUCUGAUUCUGGAGAAUCUGCAGACGAGAGGGUUCAAGAUGUGCGAUCGGAUGAAGGGCAUGGACUUGGAACAUAGCAAGUGUGCGCUGAAAAAGCUGGCCCAAUGGCAUGCAGCUUCACUCAGGUACAAGGAGCUCAAUGGUCCAUAUCACGCCUUGUGCCAGAAGGGCAUCUUUACCGAAAAAACGGCGGAAAUAUUCAAGAACAUGUUUGCCCAAAACAAGAAGACCUUUCUGGAUGUAGUGGCCAAGUUUCAAGGAGCUGAUGAGUAUAUGCAUAAGAUGCCGUCGAUUUUGGAAGCCCAUGUGGCGGAAGUCAUUAAGGACUCCCAAGUCAAUGAGGAAGAGUUCAAUGUGCUCAACCAUGGGGAUGCCUGGGUGAAUAACAUCAUGUUCAAAUACGAUGCGGACGACCGUGUCCAGGAAACAUACUUGCUAGAUCAUCAGGUCUCGCAAUACGGGAACCCAGCCCAAGAUCUAUAUUAUUUCAUAAUGAGCUCCACCGAGUUGGAUAUUAAAGUGGAUCAGUUUGAUUAUCUCAUCAGAUGGUAUCAUCAAAAUCUAGUGGAACACGCCGGCAUCUUGAAAUACUCCGGCUAUGUUCCCACUCUGAAGGAACUACACCUCAUAUUGAUACAGCAUCCCAUUUUCGCGAUCGGCACUGUGAUUAGUACCCUAUCCAUUUGCCUCAACAAAGCCGACGACAACUUUACUACAGAUGCCUUUUUUGGCGACAAUCCAGAAUCGGAAGCCCUGAGAACAGGGCUUUUAAGCAACGAGCGAUACAGAGCUAACAUUGAGCGUAUUAUGCCUUGGCUAAAUAGGCGUGGGCUGCUCGACUUUGUAGAGGACUCUGUGGCCGCAGGAAGAACUGUAUAACACAUAAGAUUCACUAGAUA